GCGACCUCGUAAUUCUGCGAGAUGCAAGAUGAGCAAAAAGCUGUCUCUAUGAGGUUCAACAAACGGGCAUCUCAAUCUUGGCUUUGCUCUCCGUACAACCAUGUCAACCAACCAUACCUUUGUCCCGUCGUACGACACCUGCGAUGAGGUGACCUACCAGUGUCCAGUCGAGCUGACGGUCUACGGAACCUACUUGUCAAAGCCGGCUGCAACGUUUUUCGGGAUCGCCUUUGGCGCGUGUUUUAUAUUCCAGCUGUACUUUGGAAUGCGGUCUCGGACGUGGUCUUUCAUCAUUUGGCUCGGCAUCGGCACCAUCUUCGAAGUCCUGGGGUACUGGGGACGAGCGAAGCUUGCGGACAACCCUUGGGAGCUGAACGCCUUCGCGCAGCAGUACCUUACGCUACUCCUGGCACCCACCCUGGUCGCGGCCGCCCUUUCCGUCACGUUCAAGCACAUUGUCAUCUGGUACGGCGCGCGGUGGUCCGUCCUCCGGCCAUCGCUGUACCCGUGGGUGUUUGUCGGGACGGACUUUCUCUCCAUCGUCAUCCAGGUGGGCGGGGGCGCCAUCACGGCGGCCAAGGCGUUCGGCUCGAGCGACGAGGCGAUGGCCGCGAUCGGAGAGAAGCUCAUCAUCGGCGGCGUGGCUUUUCAGGUGGCGAACAUGGUCUGCUGCGGGCUGCUCAUGGUGGUUUACAUGGCGAGACGCAGGUCUGCGCUCGCAUCCGGCUGGCAGCCCCGCGACGAGGCUCGCCUCAUCGAGCGCGACGCCCAGCCCAUGUCCCGGGAGGCGGCAUCUGAUGCAGAAGCGAAGCGUGUGCGCACGUUUGUGUAUGCUCUCGCGGUGGCAUACAUUGCAAUCAUAGUCCGCUGCGCGUAUCGUAUCGCGGAGAAUAUCCCUGCCAUCACUAUGGACGUGUUGCGUAACGAGCCGUUGUUCCUGGGCCUCGACAGCGCGAUGAUGCUCAUUGCCAUUGGCGCCGUCACCGCUUUCCACCCAUACGUGUAUUUCCCGUUCCUAAAGGAGUCGAAGAAUCUGAAGAAGAGAGGCAAGCAGCAAGGAGACUUCCAGAUGCAUAGCAUGUCUUGAUGCAGGGAAUUGGGUCCGCACGGAGUGUAUGAGUAGUGGGUGUUUGAUGCCGGUAUGUAUGUGUAUGCUCUUGAAUGCGGGUGAUCGGCCUUUAAUUACAAUUCAACCGUAUUGUGUAGUUUACCUAGUUGCUAGAACCAUUUGGGACGAAACGAAAAUGUGAUGCUAGAGCUCCCUUGGCUAUAGUCUACUCACUCCUAAAAUUAAGGCCAUAAUGACUGACUGACUGUAUGUACGUGCUCCAGGAGGACAACAUGGUGUUGCCACAUGGUAGAGUAGAUCUCACAACAGCCGUCAAAGCUGAAACUGGAAUAUGCUUCGUAUCGCGAGGCCAUUCGCGUGGUUCAACUCAAUAAGUUGCU